GCCAAACUCGUUUUUUCCCUGUGCCUUCUCUCUCUCCCCGCCCCUCCUAGCUGGCUCCGAUGACCACCCGGUGUGACGGCGUGUCAUGGUCACCGUCACCACCACAUUCUUACACUUCAUCUUCUUCGCCUGCAUCUCGACAACACCAGCACCAGCAGCCGACACAAGCAGCAUCGCUCAGCCACGUGACCCGAUCAACCCCUCUUCUCUCCCCGCGUUCCUCGCCCCUGCCACCCCCUCCGUCAACCAGUCACACGAGCAGAGCAGCAACACCAGCACCAGCAUCAGCAGCACAGAGGCGACCGCAAUUGACCUCUCCACGCCGUCGACCACCAUGCCGAGAAGAGCUCUUCGUCGCGCAGAGUUGGUUGAGAAGUUGUUGCAGGGUCAUGGGAGGCCCAAGGCCCCUCCCACCCUGGCGUGGUGCUCUUCCUCUCGCAUGACGGCGGCCAUCCCGGUGGACCGCGACCCUGCGGGCGAGGGCUGGCCGCGGGGCGGCUUCCGUAACCACACACGGGAGGAGAAGUGCCGCGCCAUUUUUGCUGAGGAGUUCUUCGGCGACAAGAACGAGACCAUGAGGGACACCGGGCGGCACGCCUUAAUGGCGUCGGUAGCCUAUGGGGACUGCGGAAUGAGGGAGAGUGUCAUAGGCAAGUUUGUGUACUACAGCAAUGUGAUGCGUGUGCCCAAGGCGGAGAGCAACGCGGUUGUCAUAUGUGCCUGCACAAGAAACGAGACGAGCGCAGAGGGGACGGAAGAAGGGGAGGGUGGGAAUCAGACCAAUGCCACCAGGCCUAGGCCUGGUGAGUGUGUGGCGACAGCAAAGUGGGAGCACACGUCGGGGCCUAAGGUGGCUUACAAGAGCAAGGAGGUGCUGACGGGAGAGUCGACAGCACCCGGGUGAGCACCGUGACGCGUCAGUCAGGUCUCUGUCUGCCAUGAUUUCUGUCUAUCCGUUGGUUGCGUGUGUGCGUGUGUGUGUGUGUCAGGAGCGGCCAUCCGCUGUCUGCAGAGAUGGUUGGUGGACCCAACCUCACGGUUUCGGUGAACUAUAAAGAUGAGUAAGCAAGCCAACCACAAGAACAACGCACUCGUGUCAACACGUCUGCUCCCAUUGUGUGUUGUUCCUUUUUCUGACGCACCCAGCGGUUUUCUGUUUGAGUCUUGGGUAGCGGGCAGUCUCGGGCACCCCUGGCCCAUGCUGUGCGACCUCGUGUGUCCCGAAGGACCAUCGGAGGCCAACCCCGGCUGCGUCCACCACCUCAUCGUCAACGGCUGCCCCGCCGACCAUCUCAAUGACGCCACAUCCACCGACACAACGCCCCUCUUCCGCAUCAUCUCGCAAUCACGCGGCCACAUCGUCUUCUCCCUUACACCAACCAGCUUCCCCAAGAGCAAGGAAAAAGACGUAGGGUACCGCGUCCAGUGCAUGAUGGCCAUCUUCCCCAAGCAGCCAUCUCUCGCCGAGCAAUGCAAAUACGCGCAAUGGCGGAGAAGGAGGCUGCAGAGCAGCGACAGCCAGAGUCACGAUGACGGAGGUAGGGGCGAGUGGGGGGAUGGGGGGCAGGGUGAGGGCGGCAAACCGGCUGUGGCGCCAGAGAUGGUGGGAGAGGUGGAGGGGCAGCAGGUGCUCAAUCCCUUAUUCAUCGAAACCUUCCCUUCUGCCAGCACAUCGCCAGCAAGCGCCUUUGUCGGUAAGCACACAUGGCACGGCACAACACGACACACACCCCGACGGGCCACCCUCUCUCGGCAGACCCAAUAAGGGUGCUCCGGCCGACAUUUAAUGGGCCAGAUACUCGCUGCUUCUUCUCUCCCAGAGAUCGCGAAUGAGAUCAUAUGGGACAACUGGUCCAUCAACUGGGGCAGGGACUUCUUCAAACGCGAGAACGACCAGGCAACGACGUCGGUGCAGGUGGGCAACGACGUCGCUUUCGUGGGUGUGGGCAUCGACCCGGCAGGCCGACAACAAUUGGUCGGUCAGCAGCACGGCGAGACAGCCAGCCAUAGUGUGCGCAUCUCCAUUGCACGCUCUCUCCCCCUUUCCGUGUGUGUGUGUGUGUGUGUGUGUGCAGGUGAAUGUUGGUUAUGGGAAGACGACAGUGAGCGUAUCGUCAGACGAGCUCGACGUCGAGGCCGGGGUCGGCAUCAUGGUCGGCUCCUACGGCGUCAGGGUGAGUCUCACUAAAUAUAUCACAGACACACAAACAGAGACCCCCACACACAUGCACUCUGCUCUGCUGCCAUCAAUCAACACACAACAAACACGCUGGCUGCGUGUGUCUGUGUCUUGUCAGGUUGAUGCCGAUGCCGACGACCGCCAAUACGCCGUCGAGGCGGUGGCGCGCGGGACGGAGGUCGGCGCCAACGUCGACAUACUCGACAGAGACUACGGUGUCCGCGUCAAGGUAAAUACGUAACCACACCAAUCACGUCACCUCACCCCAUCUCCGCAACUCACCUACACAACACACUACACUGACUGGGACGAGUGUUGGCCGAUCGAAAUUCCUUCUCUCCCUCUGUGGGUGCGUGCGUGCAUGUGGCAGGUCCGCAACAACGAGGUGACGGUUCGUCACGACUUCUUCGACGUGCAGGACCCGAUUACCGAUGACGAGCAGGAGCUGGCCACGGAGGUGUUCGUCGGCCACAGGAGCACCGGUGUGGCCGUCGGCAGUGAUGUAGACGACACUGAGUAUGGCGUCAGCGUCGGCACACUCGGCUACCAGUUCUCCGUGCUCAGGGACUUCGACGAGCGACAGACAGACUUCCAGGGCAAUUGGGGGGACGGCUACCAGCUGAAGCUGAACGGCGACUUCCCCGACCCUCUCGACCUGAAGGCCUGGGUGCAGGUGGGGUUCGGCCUUCUCGGCACCGCCUACGUCGAGGUGGGUGCGGGUGUUGGAAGCGACGGCAUCCCCGUGGGCAGCGCUGAGGUCGAGACGGACGACCUGGCGAUCGCCGUCGACUUCAUAGACGACGUGGGCGAGCGCUUCUUCCUAUUCGGACUCACAGUCGGCAAAUUCACAUACACAUGGGAGGUAAGACUGACUGACUGACGUGCGUCGCUCCAGACAAACAGACAAACAGACAGACAGACAGACAUACACACACAUGCGUGUGUCUCUCUCUGUGUCCAUGAUGCGAUGCUGUGGGUGGUGUGUGUCUCUCUCGUGCAGUCUAAGUUCCUCCCCGAUAAUCUGGAGAUACCGCUCAUUCUUGGUGCGGCGCCCUAAUGGGCCUGUGAGCGCCGUACGUCGUGCGAGCGGCCCUGGUGAUUGCAUCCUUCGCAGUGAUUUGUGUUGGUGGUGUGGUAAGGGACGGAAGGGGGGAGGUGUCAUCCGUCUGCUGCGGAGUCUGUCCGGCCGUGGCGUCUCCCUGUGGUGCUCUGCACGUGUGUCUGUGUGUGCCGUGUGCCAGUGAGUGUCGCUUUUGCUGCAUGGUGACAGACAGGUGAAAAAACGAGCCACUUGAUGGCUGCGUCAAUUGAGCUCAUGACAUGAUUGAUUUGGGGUUUCGUUAGGGCUGCAAGACCCAGACGUGUGUGUACAGAUGGAGGGGUGGACGGGACACGUCUGUCUGCAUGGAUCGGAUCGGAUCGGAUCGGUGGAUCCGCAUCAUUUUGGACCUGGUGUGUGUGCCUGUCUGUCGGUCUUGGUUCAUUCGCAGGCACGAGCAUGUGCUGCCUUUCUUCCUCUUUCCCCUGGCCGUCUGUUUGUUUUCUUGGAGUGGCUGGCUACUCGUGCCUCAGCUCCUUGUACCCGCUCGUGUGUCAAGGCCAUUCGUGUGGUCGUCUCUCUGGGCGGUGGAUGGUGGGCACUAGUAGGCGGAUCUGUCUCAUGCUGCGUGUCCAUGUCAUCUAACCCCUGUGGAUGGUCAUGUGCCUCCCUGCACCGAUGCCAUCCUUGGCAUGGCGGUGGGUAUUCAUGGGACUCGUGGUUUGCGUGGGAUGGUGCCGACACAGACAAACAGACAGACAGUCACACAGUCAACCGUUGCAACGAACGGGCACAAACGUGUGUUCGGCUGGACGAAUGCCGUC